AUGGAGAGAAGUCGGGAGAGAGAUGGCGGCGAGGGGGUGGCCGGGCAGGAGCGGGGUGCUGGGAGGCUGAGGCUGAGGAGGGAGAUCGGCCUGUGGAGCGGCGUGUCCCUGAUCGUCGGCAGUAUGGUCGGCUCUGGCAUCUUCAUGUCACCACAGGGGAUCUUGGUCUACAUGGGCAGCCCCGGGGCCAGCCUCGUGGUCUGGGCCGCCUGUGGCCUCCUGGCCACUCUGAGUGCCCUGUGCUUCGCUGAGCUCGGGGCCCUGGUUCCCGAAUCCGGGGGGGAGUAUGCUUACAUCCUGCACACCUUUGGCUCCUUGCCAGCCUUCCUGGUCAUCUACACGUUCGUGCUGGUGAGCCGGCCAGCCUCCAUCGCUGCCAUCUCUCUGAGCUUCGCCGAGUAUGCAGUGGCCCCCUUUUACCCCGGCUGCUCCUCCCUGCCCCAGGCGGUGCUCAAGAGCAUGGCGGUCGCUUGCAUCCUGCUGCUGCUGGUGGUGAACGGCUGGAGCUCGAAGCUGGCCACCCAGCUGAACGACGUGUGCACGGCUGCCAAAGUGUUCUCCUUGCUGGUCAUCGUGGUGGGCGGCGUGGUGGUGCUGGGCCAGGGCCGAGGCCGCACCGAAGCCCUCCUGGCCGCCUUCCACAACACGACGCAGCAGACCGGGCGCAUCAGCAUGGCCUUCUACCAGGGCCUGUGGUCCUUCGACGGCUGGAAUACACUCAACUAUGUGUUGGAGGAGCUCAAGAACCCACAACAGAACCUGGUGUGGGCGCUGAUGAUCGCCAUUCCCCUGGUCACGGGCCUGUACAUCCUGGUCAACAUCAGUUACCUGCUAGUGUUGUCACCCAACGAAAUCCUCUCCACUGACGCUGUGGCUGUGAGCUGGGGGAACCAGGUUCUGGGGGCCUGGGCCUGGCUGGUGCCUUUGGCUGUGGCACUCUCAACAUUUGGCUCUGCCCAUGGAACAUUCUUCAGCGGAAGCCGUGUGUGCUACGUGGCUGCAAGAGAAGGCCACAUGCCCGGACUUCUGUCCAUGGUUCACACCCGUCGCCUCACACCGACUCCGGCUCUGGUGUUCACCACGGCAGUGACUUUGGUCCUGGUCAUCUCAGGGAACUUCAGCAACAUCGUGAACUUCUUCAGCUUCCUUGCCUGGGUCACCUACGGAACUACCAUCAGCUGUCUCCUGUACUUGCGGAUGAAGAAGAAGAACCUACCCAGGCCUUACAAGGUCCCCAUCAUCGUCCCUGUCGUCGUGCUCCUUGCUUCUCUCUACCUGGUGCUGGCACCCAUCAUUGACCACCCGCAGAUCGAGUUCCUCUACAUCUUCCUGUUCCUGCUCAGCGGAUUCCUGGUCUACUUCCCUUUUGUUUACUUCCAGCACCAGCCCAAGUGUCUGCAGACAGCCACCUUGCAUCUCCAGCUGCUCCUGGAAGUUGCUCCAGCCACUAAAAAUGUUGACUAA